AUGUUAAACAAUGAACGCACUGGAUUUCUGAACGGCGGAUUGGACAACUCUCUCGAUAUAUUGAGAACAGAGAAGACACGCGUCGACAGAGGCAGCACUACUAGAGCGGCGGCGGCUGCGGCGGGGAGCGAAACGAUAGUAAAUGGAGCCAGAGCAGCAGCAGUAGCAUUAGCAUUCAACAGAUACAAAUAA